CAGCAACAAGUUUAUUAUUUCGUUAUUACUAUUGUGGUUAUUAUUGGUGUUUAGUAAAUUGGAUAGUUUGAUUUGUGCGUUUAUAGUUUUGUGUUAUUCUCUCAUUAUUCGGAUUCCGCCAUUUUUUUGUGAUUUUAAGCUUAUUGAUUAAGAACUUUUUCAACAUGGUUUUUAACUGUUGCGUUAAUGGCUGUAACAAUUAUAACAAGGAUGCCCAAAUGCAUAUUUUUCCAAAAGAUCAAAUACUGUAUGAUAUUUGGAUUAAUGCAAUUGGCCGAGAAGACUUAAAGGUGAAGCCUAUGGAAAGAGUCCGAAAGUCGUACCGUAUUUGUACUAUUCACUUUAGUGCAGAAGCCCGCUAUGUUGGAACCAGAAAUAAAUCGACCUUAAAACAGGAUGCAAUUCCUUCUCUAUUUCUUAAUGCUUCUAACAGGAAAGAAGUUUCUUCUGCCAAAAUGGUUAAACUACGCUCAAAGCAUAGUUUAUCAGAGCAAAUAGGUUCACCUGAAGUAGAAACAGUUAACAUCUCCAUACCAUCAACUUCAAAAUUGAUUUGUGAAGAAGUUUUACCAGUUUCUUCAUCUAAACUUAUUACACCAGAACAAAAUAUGCAAUCCCAGGUCAUGAUGUGUACUCCAACAAAAAUUUCAAGUAAGUUUUUUUGUAAAAUAAAUGAUAAAAGAUAUAUAGAUUAAACAAAAACCAUUUUUAAUUUUUACGAAAUUUGAUUUUUAAUAAAUAAUGCUUCAUAAAAUACCUUACUUUUGGCAUAAUCAGAUUUUAAAAAUGGUUAGUUUUUUUAUGUUUCAGUAUGUAAUUUUUAGUCCAUUAUAUACUGUGUUUGUAAUAUGUGAGUUUAAUAUUUUUUUAUUUUCAGGUUUAAACAAAUCCACAAGAUUGUUUUCUAGCAUCGGUGUAAGAAAAGCUUCGGAACUAACACCAAAAGCAAAAAAGCUCUAUAGGGUAGCUUCCAGUCUUCGAAAAAUUUCAAGGAAAUUAAACUUUGGUCAUACAUCCCUUAAAAAAAAGAUAAGGGUACUGGAAAAAGUGUCUUAUACUGCUGAAGUUUUAAAAACCAAAGUAAAUAAAACUACUUAUGAUUUUAUUAUGUCCCAAGUGAGGUGCCAAGGAGUAAAACCUAAGGGAAGGAGGUAUUCCCUUGAUGAAAAAAUAUUUUUUUUGUCACUUCUUAAGCAAAGUCCUAAGGGGUACAAGCUAAUAAGAAAAAUAUUUGCUGCACCAUCGAGAAAAACACUUACAAACCUGCUGGGAAAAAUUCCUUUUAACACAGGAAUAAAUCCAGCUAUCAUGGACUCACUCGCAGUUCAGACAAAAAACAUGUCAGAAAUGGAUAAAUAUUGCAGCGUUAUGUUUGAUGAAAUGGCCCUAGAUCCUACUCUCCAAUAUAACAAAAAAAAAAGAUAUUAUUGAUGGCUUUCAAGACAAUGGUGGUGAAGAAGGAAGAAAACCAGUUAUAGCUGACAAAGUCAUGGUUUUUAUGGCACGGGGAGUAUGCAAGAAGUGGAAACAACCAUUAGCAUAUUUUUUCAAUGAAGCUGGAAUGAAAACGGACAUGCUUGUAAAAACAAUAAAAGAGGUGGUCCAAUCAUGUCAAGAUGCUGGUUUACAUGUGAAAUCAAUUAUUUGUGAUCAGGGAACUGCUAAUGCUGCAGCCAUAAACAAGUUGUAUGCCCAGACAAAAGAGUAUUUUCUACGAAAAGGGGAUGAUAACAGGUUGUUUGGUGUCCUCAUUGGAGGUAAAGAGGUCGUCCCUCUCUAUGAUCCUCCACACCUACUUAAAGGUAUAAGAAAUAAUUUAUUUAAGUAUUCUCUUCGUUUCAAGUGGUGAAAAAAUUCUAAUGAAAAUGCAAAAUGGGAACACCUCAACAAAUUAUUUGAAAUUGAGAACUCUGAGGAUGAUGACUAUAAGCUCUGUAAAAAAAUAACAGCGCAUCACAUAGAAAAUACCAAAAAAAUGAAAGUGUCUGUGGCAGCACAAGUUUUCAGCAACAAUGUGGCAGCUGUAAUGAAGAGAAUGGCUAUGGGCAAUACUACAAAUAAUUCAGAGGGAAUGCCAAGAGAGGCAGAAGAAACUGCCGAAUUUUUACUCUUCAUGAAUAAGGUGUUUGAUAGUGUCAAUGGGACGUGCAUUAAAAUAAAACACCCACAAGAUUUAAUGUGCUGUUUCAUCAAAAUCAAUACAUAAAAAGUUUUGGAUGGAAGCUAUUAAAGUUUUCCAAACAAUGGAGUUCUUUUGUACGAAGAGAGCCAGAAUUGUUCCUCCUAUAAAAAAUUGGAUCCAUACUUUGAAAGGAUUUCUAUAUCUAUGGGAUCAAUUCCAAAAAGAUGGUGUCGCCUUUUUAUGUACAAAACACAUGAAUCAGGAUCCUUUAGAAAAUUUUUUUGGCUCCAUUAGAAGUCAUGGUGUUAGGAAUAUAAAUCCCAACGCUGCUUCCUUUGUAAAUUCAUUUAAAUCUCUAAUUGUGAAUAAUUUUUUAUCGAAUCAUUCUUAUUCGUCCAAUUGUGAAAAUGGCAAUUUGUGGCAAAAAAGCUCUUAAAAUCGAUAAAAAUGUGCCCGCAGUGCCGACAGGAUUUGGUAGGAGGUGACCGAAAAGAAUCAGAUUAUUUUGUUAUAGAUGCUAGAGCAUAUUCUGCAAAUGCUUUGCUGGCACCUUCUACCAAUUUCAAUAAAAGUUUCAAUAAAUGUAUAUUUUUAUUAAGUAACAUUUUCCCUCAAUUAUGUCACUUGGCAAACAUUACCUCAGUGUUGAGAUCAUUAUUGAAAAAUGAGGAUGUUUUUCGUUGUGAAGAUCAUGAUACGUUCAAAUCGUUUCUUUAUUAUGUUUCCAAAUUUCAUUUAUUUGUAUGGUUGAAAAACAUUAAUAAGAUUGUGGAAGGGAAAUAAAAAGUUGAAAAAUAAUCAGAUAAGAUGAAAAUAUAUGUUGCACAAAAAUUUGAAAAGCAAUUAAAAUAUUCAAAAAAAAAUGAAAAAUCUCAAAUGUUUGAAUAUAAUUUAAGUACCUAUCUAGUUAUAUACUUAGUGUUAAUAAAAAUAUAUUGUAGGGAAAGUAUUUUAUUUUUGCUUUUCGUAAUCCAAAUAACCUGAACAUUGAUUUGAACUGAAAAUUUUAAACAUUCCGCCAAAUCUUUAGUCAUUGCUGUUUCCUAAACCCGCAAGGUGGCGCUAGUCGCAAUGUUCAAAUAUAAUGUGAACAGUUUCCUAUCUAUCCCACUAUCCUUUAUCUAUGAGUAUGCUUGAAAGCUUGAAGUGAUCAACAACAUUGUUUUGUUUACGUUAUUUGGUUUUACAGUUUUGCGCGCAUCUUUGGAGUCUAAUUGACUCCCGUCUGUUGUUACGUGAUAAAUAUUUAAUAUAUAAACCGGUGAGUUUACAAGGUAAAUAAUAAAAUAUUUUUAAUAUUUUUAAAGAAUUUAUUGUAUAAGGAUUCUAUAUUCUAUCAUUUUUUAUAGAAAUAUGGAUUCUUGUUCGGGACCAUCCAGAAAAAGGGUUCGAGUAACUGACAGAGAUUUUGAGGAAACCCUAACAAGGUGGUGUGAUGAAGUUGAGAAGGAUCACAACAAUGAUAGUGAUGUCAGUGAUUCUGAAUACAUUCUUAGUGAUCAUAACAGUGAUACUGAUCAAGAAGAAAGUGAAUAUUUGGAGGAAGAUGAACAAUGUGAUGAAAAUUUAGAAACGGAAGACAAAAAUAAAUAUUUUUAUGGUAAAGGAAAAAAA